CUUCUCAUUUCCACCCAUUAACCAUAUCAAUGCAUCAUUCUCACGCGCAUUCUCGUUUGCCAACCAAUACGCUUACUUUUUUUCAAAAUCAGUUCGACUCUCUCUAGAUUUUUUUUUUCUUCUGAAAAAAGGGUCGUUACUUCCUUAAAAUCAAAUAUUUCCUUCCGCCGAGCGAGUCUUCGGAAUGGGAUUAGGGUUUUUGUCGUUCGGUCAAUGGCGGUGAUGCUUUGUGUACUAUACGUAGUUGGAGCGAGGUUACCUAAUUGGUUAGCUAAUUGAUUAUCUAGGGUUUGGGUUUUGAGAUAAUGGCCGAAACUUCCAGGGACAGAGUCACCAUUACUCUGGGGCGUAGUGGCCAGGUAAUAAAGAGGGCUGGUCAAGUAUCAAAUUCCUAUGCUGAUUCUCUGCCUGCAGCUGGUGCUAAGCGGUCCGUAAGAGAUAGAUUAGGAAGUAAUGUAGAUGGUUCCUUUUUGAAUGGAAGCGUGCUUAACAACAAACGACGACGGGGAGAUAUUAGCAUGCCAAGUUUGAGUGGUAAUGGUUUAGAUGGUAAUGUACGCAUUGGUAGAGAUGACCUCCGAUUUAAACUCAUGCAAAAAAAUGCAUCUAGAAGAGCUCAGGAUGACAAUGAUCAGAAGGGCGCUGACCUACGCGAGAAGUUGUCUAAGGCCAGUCGGCCCUCGGUAACUACCCUUGAUUCAAGGCAGCGCCUUGCAGAACCAAAAGACACAAGUUUCCUGGGUCGAAUUCCUUCUACAAGAAGAGCAGAUGAUUUGCCUCGGAUGGACUCAACGAGAACUUCUUACUCGACAUGGACUUUGGAUCAUUUGAGGAAAAGAUCACCUGAUAGAGCUCUAGGUAUAGGUAGUUCUAGGGGUCUCUCCCCACCUAGGAACAUGGAAGAACAGCAUAGAAGGCCAUUGAACAGGACAGCUGAUGACGUAAGAUCAGUUCCGUUUGUGAGGAAAGAUGUUUUUGAUACUUCACGACCUAUUGGUACUGCUAAUUUAAUUGCAAAACCUGCAAUACCUCCCGUACUUUCCAAGCCUGUGCCGCCGCCUCUUGGACAACUUCCUCCACAGACUGGCGUUGGACAAAAGAUUUCAUAUAUGGGUGAUGAACAGAAAACUGUUGAUGGCUUGUUACACUCACUGGGAUUGGGAAAAUAUGUGAUUAUUUUCAAGGCUGAGGAAGUGGAUAUGGCUGCAUUGAAGCAGAUGAGAGAAAAUGACCUCAAAGAACUGGGGAUUCCUAUGGGGCCAAGAAAAAAGAUUCUUCUUGCUCUUUUGCCUCCAUCCAAACGGUAACCGUGACAGUUACAGUUUCAAAGCUAAAUUAAUAGGAAUUCUCUGAAAUCAAUACUCUGUGGAGCUCAGAUUGGGUUUUGUAGGUGGUCCGUGUAUCAGUUACAAUUUUUUCUUUUCAUCUGGCGAAUGACAUGAUUAUGGAACAUUAAAUAGAUCUGGAUAAGGAAAUUUGAGAUGUAGAUUUUUUUUUUUUUUUUUCUCUCGAUUAUGGUUCAAUGGCUUUCAUAUGGAAUCUCAAAUCAGUAUUUUUGUUUUCCUUAUAAUGAUAUGGAACUGAUUGUGAAUUAAA